AUGGAUAAUCACAGAGUAAUCUACUCAAAACUCAAUUUGCCCACAAACCCAAAGAACCAGGAGAGAAAUAAGGGCAAAAAAAGCUCCAUUUUAGUAACUGAACAGGAAAUAACCUAUGCGGAAUUAAGCCUUCAUACUGCUUCUCAGGAUCUUCUAAACAAUGACAAAACUUUCCGCAGUAAAGAUUUAUUACCACCUCCAGAGAAGCUCAUUGCUGGCAUCCUGGGGAUUAUCUGUUUGGCAUUAAUAGUGACCAUGGUAACAAUAGUUAUUAUUCAUUCAUAUAAUUGUAGUUGUCCAGAGGAAUGGUUUACAUAUUCCAACAGCUGUUACUACCUUGGAAAGGAAACAAAAACUUGGGAUGAGAGUGUGAUGGCAUGUGCUUCUAUGAACUCCAGUCUGCUUUAUAUAGAUUUUGAAGAAGAAACGAAACUUCUGGACUCUCUCGUACAUGAAGCAUGGAUUGGAGUCUCCCGUAACAGUACUGAUCAUCCAUGGGUGUCAAUAAGGGGCACAAUGUUCAAACAUAAGAUAAAAGAAUAUUUUGCUCAAUACAACUGUGCAAGGAUACGCUUCCAACGACUUCAGGCAAACAGAUGUGGAGUUCCACAACUGUAUAGUUGUAAGCAUACGUUUCAGAAUUCAAACACCUGA